AUGUUCGACAAGGACGUCCUGAUCAGCGCUAGGACUCUGACUAUCGGCGGCAGGGAGUAUGUUCGGGAUCGCAAUGAGCACAAGAUCAAAUACUCCGGGCCGUAUGUCCACGAGCCACUCAGUGGACCGCGAACCUUUCGUCUCCUGCGAAUCCACCCCGGCGCAUACACUGAAGUCAUUUCCGUUGAGAUGUACGAGGCAAACCCCGGAGAAAGCCCGUCCUUUGAUGCCCUCAGCUAUACCUGGAAUCUCGAUCCGACAUGGAGUGUCAGCAAAGGCAAGACCGUGGCAGACAAGAAACGUGAGCAAAGACACAUUUUGUGCAACGGCCGCACGCUACACAUCACCAUGAAUCUUUACCACGCGUUGACUGAAUUCCGACGCACGAAGUCGGAAUCGCCAAUCUGGGCUGAUCAGUCUUUGCCUGACGAGCGCAUUGCUCGAACCCUUUCGACUUAUUGCAUCACCAUCGGACUUGCGGAGAGUUUGAAGAUCGACCGCCAGCUCGAAAUCAUGGCCGCCGCCUUCGAUUCGGGACCGCCGUUAGAGGUCACAGUGCGGAGCUCGAUACUUGAAACGCAAGGUCCGGAGGCGGAAGUCAGGCCGGAGUAUUACGCCGCAGGCUUGGUUGGCUCGGAUGCGCAGACAGCUCAGGGGACCGAUGUCAAUUAG